AUGGUUGCCGUUUCAAAUUUGCUCAACAGUGGGUUAUUACUAGUUAGUCAAAACAUCUACCAGGAUGUCGCCACUCCUCAAGAAAUGAAGGUCGAUGGGUACAACAUCUUGAAUUUCCUCGGAGGACUGGGCCCAUACAUCAGCAGAGAGUCGUAUGGUAUUGAUCCUGCUAUCCCUGAUGGGUGCUCUGUCCAACAAGUUCAAUUGUUAUCGAGACACGGAGAGCGAUACCCUUCUAAAAAUGUUGGGAAAAAAUUGGAGAAGAUGUACCAGAAAUUCCAAAACUAUAAUGGCACCUUUACCGGUGAUUUGUCAUUUUUGAAUGAUUAUGAGUAUUUUGUGCCUGACACGAGCCAGUACGAAAAAGAGACUUCACCAAAGAAUUCAGAAGGCACCUUUGCAGGUACUUCCGAUGCUUUGAGACAUGGUGUUGCUUUCAGAGCUAAAUAUGGCUCAUUGUACAACGUGAACUCCACAUUGCCAAUAUUUUCAUCCAAUUCCGGUCGUUGUUACGAAACAUCAAGAUAUUUUGCCCGAGGAUUCCUUGGAGACGACUUUGAAGAAGACAAGACUGUGAAGUUUAAUAUCAUUGAUGAAGCAGCUACCUCUGGCGUCAACAGUUUAACCCCAAGAAACUCGUGCCCCAACUACAAUGACUCGAUCAAUGACGAGACUGUUGCCAAGUACAAUACAAGUUACUUACAAACUAUUGCCGAUAGAUUGAACGAGCCAAACCCUGGAUUGAACUUGACUGCACUGGAGGUCGAUUCCUUUGUCAACUGGUGUGCCUUUGAAAUCAAUGUUCGUGGAAGCUCCCCCUUUUGUGAUUUGUUCACCAAUGAGGAGUUUGUCAGGGCCUCAUACGCCAAUGACUUGUCAAACUACUACUCCAAUGGUCCAGGAAACAACUUUACCAAAACCAUUGGAUCUACUUUGUUAAACGCUUCUUUAGCCUUGUUGAAAGAUGAAUCAGCUAGUAACAAGUUAUGGUUGUCCUUUACCCAUGACACUGACUUGGAAAUAUACCACAGUGCAUUGGGAAUUUUAGAACCUUCAUCUGACCUUCCAACUGAUUAUAUCCCUUUCCCCAACCCAUACGUCCACGCAUCAAUUGUUCCUCAAGGUGCCAGAAUAUACACCGAAAAGUUCCAAUGUGGGGAUGAAUCGUAUGUCAGAUACCUUGUCAACGACGCUGUAGUGCCAAUUGAAAAGUGUGCAACUGGCCCUGGAUUCUCGUGCAAGCUCGAUGACUUUGAGAACUACAUCAACGAAAGGAUUGGGGAAGUAGACUUUGUCCAAGAAUGUGGUAUCAACUCUUCAGUUCCACAAGAUGUCACGUUUUACCAUGAUUACAAAGACAAAGUUUACAAUGCCACCUUGGGUGAUUUUUAG